GGUCCAGUCGGCGGCGGCGGUUGAGCUGAGCUGAGCUAGCUGGCUAUAGUAGCUGCCUGCAUCUCAACCUCAGUCAAUUGAGCAAAGCAUCCAGAGCCCCUUUUGCAAGUUGAUUGUCGUCGAUAAUCGCCUGUACCUCUCGAUAGGCUUCGAAACCGUCUCGCCCUAUACGCGCGCGCUCCUGCCGCCACCUUCUCGGUAGUUGGCAAGGUCCUUGACCGUAGGCGCAAUGUGAGACACGAGUCUCGCGUCCACACCACCCUCCCACGCCUCCAUCGCGAACGAUACAGUAACCGAGCUUGCCUCGCCGUCCCACGGCUUGCCGGCUGCGCCCCAUGAUGCCGGCGCACACGUCGCGCGCCCGCGCCAUGUCCCGCUUAUGGGCAAGCGACGAGGAACUCGCCAAGAAGGACGACGACCACCUCCCAGUCCGCCAGCAUCAGCACCAGCACCAGGGCCCCAACGGACAAUGGCAGGCAGCCGUUCGAACCCCCCGCCGCCGCUCCGUGGCGAGGCUGCUCGCCUACAUCGCCGUCGCCCUCCUCCUCUUCUACGCCCUGUCGCAAGCUUUCACCUCAAGUCCGCACGGAGACACCUCCGACCUGAUUCCAUCAUCAACCUUCAACGGUCGGCCCCCUCCCGGACGAGGCUCGACAGGCUCUACCGAAGAAGCGCACGAUGCGGCAUCGAGUGUUCAAAAGCCAAAGACAUACAAUGGCGCCAUCAAGUUGCCAGGCCUGGGCCAAUCCCUUCACGCCAUAGCAGCGACGGAAGGGAAAAAGCCCAAGAAUCGCAAUGUCCUCUUUGCGGCCGCAAGCCUCAAGAGCGCAUCCGCGCUUCUGCCCUUGGCUUGUCAGAUGGCCUUGGAGAGGCGGAACUAUGUUCACUUUGCGUUCAUGGGGCGGAGUGACGUUCCGCUGCAGGAGCUGGUCAAGAUCAACGGCAUUGACGACACAUGCCAAAUGAUCUUGCACGACGCGAGGCCCGACCACGCCGUUGACUCGACGGAGCAGCGGAUGGCGCUGUGUUCCGCGCGCGCCAUGUAUCAUAUCAACACGUACAUGCAUCCGCAGGCUAUUUUCAUCGACUCGACGUCGGCCGAGGAGUCGUACUUUCUGCGCGGACUCCGCGAUCAGACGCGGGGCACCGCAUCCGCCAUCAUAGAGCUCCCAGAAAGACCCGGGAUGCGUCUAGCCUGGAUCACCAAGCUGGACUCAGCGGCACUGGCUGCCUGGGACAAGAUCACCAUCGACAUCCUCGUCCAAGCCCCGACAAGCGGUGCCGGGAACAUCAUGCGCCUGCUGACCUCGCUAUCGCGGGUGGACAUAGCCGCUGUGCCUGUGCCGCACUUGACGGUCGACCUUCCGCACAAGACGGAGCGGCAGACCGAAAAGUUCCUCGCCGACUUCCAGUGGCCACCGCGGACAGGCGCCAACGCCCAUCUCCCAAACAUGCUCUCCUUACAUCGCCGCAUCCCGCGCACGAAACUAUCUGCAGAGGAGAGUUCUGUGAGGUUCCUAGAGUCGUUCUGGCCCAAGUCGAAAAGCCACUCCUACGUGCUGGUGUUGUCACCUCACACCGAGGUGACUCCCCAGUUCUUGCACUAUCUCAAGUUUAGCAUCCUGCAUUAUCGACACUCAAACAGUGCAGCCGUCCAAGAUUGGGAUGCGCAGAUGAUGGGUCUCAGCUUAGCGACGCCGACCAAGCUGCUGGACGGGUCGUCACCAUUGGCAGCGCCCGCUCCUGGCGAGGGCGCAGGGUCGUCGUUCCUUUGGCAAGCACCUCUCAGUGACGCCAUGGUCAUCCCAGGGGACAAGUGGAUGGAACUGCACGGGUUCAUCUCACACAUCCUCGAACUACAGGCCUUGUCCACAGAGUCGCCGCCUCUGCUGGCCCACAAGGAGAUCAGCAAGAAGUACCCGUCAUGGCUAGAGUAUGUGUUGCAACUCUCGCGCAUACGUGGGUACUACUGCGUGUAUCCCGGGCAGGAGACGUCGAGGGUGGUGGUGGGCGUGCACAAUGACCUCCCCGACGUGCCGGAAGAGUACAGCGAAGACGACGAAGCGCGACGCGAUGCCAUGGGAGAAGACGUGGGUGAUGAUGCAACCGCCGUCUUCGAGCCUCACUGGCAUGUGGACAUUCUACACACUCUGCCAAACGGUGGCAAAUUGCCAAACUUGAGAAGCCUCCCCAUGCUCAGCUGGGACGGCAAGGAAUCCUCCGCGACAGCAUUGGACGACGAUGCCGCAGCCUACCGCGCGCGGUUCAUGACAGAGGUGGGCCCAUGCAAGGAUGAGCAGCUGGAACGGCAACCGCACACCUUUGCGGACGACUUAUUUUGCUACAUGUGAUCAGCGGGCCUCUUCCAUUGCAUAAUAGGGGCGAGUCAAAUCAUUGGGAUGGGGCGUUUAGGAUAUACCAUCGGGCGCGUACGUGCUUGCAUAGCAUAUAUAUCUAUCACUGGGUCAUGACACUUGGCAACGCAGAACUACAUGAUUUUCCAAUCUUUUAUCUCAACUUCAAAUUUCACUUGACAGGUUCCGCCUCCUCGUUCUGCGCGGUCGCCAGGAGCACGACGCAUGUGCCGACGAUGCAACUGGCCAGCACGCCGAGGCUGAGUUGCGUCUUCAACCCCGUCUGCACAAUGGCCACGCGUCGACUGUACUGGUUCACUGUGCCUGCACACCUCCAAGUCAGUCGUUUUCCGCCUCGCAAGACUUUCAUAGAGUCUCGGAUCGUGCAGAGAGAAAACUUACGGAUGUAG